AUGGCUAGAAACUUUUUCGUCGGUGGUAACUUCAAGUUAAACGGUUCCAAGCAAUCUAUUAAGGAAAUUGUUGAAAGAUUAAACAAUGCUUCCAUGCCAGAAAACGUUGAAGUCGUUAUCUGUCCACCAGCUGCUUACUUAGACUACACUUCUUCUUUAGUCACCAAGAAGCAAGUUUCCGUCGGUGGUCAAAACACCUACUUCAAGGCUGCCGGUGCUUUCACUGGUGAAAACUCCGUUGAACAAUUAAAGGACUUAAACGUCAAAUGGGUUAUCUUAGGUCACUCUGAAAGAAGAAGUUACUUCCAUGAAGAUGACAAGAUCGUCGCUGAAAAGACCAAGUUCGCUUUGGACAAUGGUGUCAGCGUCAUCUUAUGUAUUGGUGAAACCUUAGAAGAAAAGAAGGCCGGUAUCACUUUAAAGGUCGUUGAAAGACAAUUAGACGCUGUCAUUGCUGAAGUCAAGGACUGGACUAACGUUGUUAUUGCUUACGAACCAGUCUGGGCCAUCGGUUCCGGUUUAGCUGCUACUCCAGAAGAUGCUCAAGAUAUCCACCACUCCAUCAGAAAAUACUUAGCUUCUAAGUUAGGUGACAAGGUUGCUGAUGAAACUAGAAUCUUAUACGGUGGUUCCGCUAACGGUUCUAACGCUGUCACUUUCAAGGACAAGGCUGAUGUCGACGGUUUCUUAGUUGGUGGUGCUUCUCUAAAGCCAGAAUUUGUUGAUAUCAUCAACUCCAGAAACUAA